AUGCAGAUAUCCAAAGGCAUGCUGCUGUUCGUGCUCGCCGAAAUGCGCCGUGCUAUGGACAAAAAAUGUGAGUAUUGUCAAGCUUUAAAGUUUGAAAAUGAAAAUUGUUUUAAAUGUUGUCACACAGGUAAAGUUGCAUUAGAUAAUUUGUCUCCUUACCCUCAGGAGCUUGGGGAAUUAUUAACAAAUACAGAUACUGUUCAGGCAAAAAACUUUCAGUCAAAUAUACGUAAGUAUAAUGGUGCCGUUGCCUUUGCUUCUUUUGGAGCAAACCUUCGCCCCCCACCUGGCCGUGGACCACCAUGCUUUCGUAUCUGUGGUCAAAUAUGGCAUCGUGUUGGGGGCCUUCACCCUCCUGAAGGACAAACCCCUGUUUUUAACCAACUUUAUAUUUAUGAAGAAGGUGGGGCUCUCAACGAAAGAAUGGCACGCCAAGAAAAUAAUGGCUAUCGUGAAAACGUGAUGCAAACUGUUCAAGAUGUUAUGGACAGAGUAAGCCCGUUUGCUGCUGCCUAUAGGUACAUGGCUGAAGUUGAAGCUGAAGAAUUAAAUCAGGCAGCAGCACAAAACCGUGCUCCAUCUGAAGUGCGUAUGUACAUGAGAGUUGGCAAUGACCGAAAGCGCUACAACUUGCCACAUCAUGAUGAAGUUGCGGCAGUAUUUGUUGGCCAAGAUGGAGCACCACCUGGAAACAGGGAUGUUGUUAUCUAUCCGCGUGGAGCUGCUCGGGAAUAUUUCAGCCCGAUUCAUUAUGGUAAGAAAUUGUUUCAGCAGUAUUGUGUUGAUUCUUAUGUUAAAGUUGAAGGUAAUAAUUCAAAUUACAUUCGAGCAAAUCAAACCAACCUUCGUGUUGAUAGCUAUGAAGGUUUAGCUGACCAUUUGAAUGCACGAGCUGAAGAGCGAGGCCUUCAACCAGGUCGUAUUGUUGUUCUUCCUUCGAGUUUUCAAGGAAGUCCACGUGCCAUGGCUCAAAACUAUCAAGAUGCUAUGGCAGUUAUUGGUAAGUUUGGAAAACCUGAUUUUUUUCUGACUUUUACGUGCAAUCCAAAAUGGCGUGAAAUUACAGAAAAUUUGUUUGCAGGCCAACGUGCACACGAUCGGCCUGAUUUAGUUUCUCGAGUUUUUAAAUUGAAACUAAACGAACUCCUUAAAGAUGUUACUGAAAUGGGAGUUCUAGGUAAGACUAUAGCACAUGUGUAUGUUAUAGAAUUUCAAAAGAGGGGUUUGCCUCAUUGUCAUUUGUUAAUUCAUUUAGAUCCCAAUGACAAACUUAGGGAUGCAGAUGACAUAGACAGUGUUAUUUCAGCAGAGAUUCCUAAUCAACAGGAACACCCUGAGCUGUUUGAAAUUGUACGAUCGUGUAUGAUUCAUGGACCAUGUGGACAUCUGAAUCAUAAUUCCAGAUGUAUGGAAGAUGAUGUUUGCACAAAAAGUUUUCCAAAGAACUUUUUAGCAUCUACGGUAGCUGAAGUCAACGGAUAUCCAUUAUAUAGACGUCGUGAUAAUGGUAUACAUAUCAAUGUCAAUAAUGUUGACGUAGAUAAUCGCUGGAUUGUUCCAUAUAAUCCAUGGCUUUCCAAGAAAUACAAUGCACAUAUAAACUUGGAGGCGUGCAUGUCUGUUAAAUCUGUUAAAUGCCUCUAUAAAUAUAUUUAUAAAGGUCAUGAUUGUGCCAAUAUUGAGAUCAAUGAACGUAUUGAUCAUGAUGAGGUGCAGACAUUUUUAGAUGCACGUUAUGUCAGUGCACCGGAAGCCAUAUGGCGUCUUUUUGAAUUUACCAUGCACCAACAAUCUCAUGUUGUCCAUAGAUUGCCAGUGCACUUGCCAAAUAACCAUAUUGUUUAUUUUCAGCAAGGACAGGCGGAAGAGGCUCUGGACAGAGCUGCAGAUCAGGCUACAAAAUUAACAGCUUGGUUUGUGUUAAAUGCAGAGAAUCAUGAUGCUCGCCAAUAUAUGUAUCCAGACAUUCCUCUUCAUUUUGUUUUUAAUAAGAACAAAGUUUGGAAACCAAGACAACGCGGUCAUGGUAAAAUUGUGUCCAGAAUGUAUAAUGAAGCUGUUAACUCUCAGAUGCCUCGACAAUUAAGGCAACUGUUUGCUGUGAUACUUACUCACUGCGAACCUUCUAAUCCUUUUACUUUGUGGACAAGGUACAAGGAUGCAAUGUAUGAAGAUUAUAUUCGCCAAAUGAAUGAGGAACAUGCUGAGUACAGGCUGCUUCAAGAUAUUAAUUCUAUGAAUUACCCCCCAGCUGAAAACAUUGAUGUAGCUAUGGAGGCUGAAAGAGCUUCCCAACUAAGGGCUCAACUUACUGACGAACAGACUGCACUGGCUAAUGCAGUCAUAGAAGCUGUUGUAAAUGUUGCUAACAAUGCAGCCCAAAACAACCGUCUGUUUUAUUUAGAAGGUGCUGGUGGUAGUGGUAAAACCUUUACUUAUAAUUACUUUAUUUCUGAACUUACAGGUAGAGGUUUUCAAGUUGGAACUGCUGCGUUUACUGGCAUAGCAGCAACACUUUUGAAAAAGGGUACCACCAUUCAUAGACUAUUCCGGUUACCUGUUCCUAUUGUAGAGAACAGUACAUGCAACAUAACCCCGGUUUCUGCUUAUGCUGCAGAAUUGCGACAAAAGAGUCUAUUUUUACUUGAUGAAGCUUCCAUGAUUCCUAAGCAUGCUUUUCAUGCAAUAGAUCGUCUUCUACAAGAUAUUUGUAAUAAUGAGCUUCCAUUUGGAGGUAAAGUUGUUCUUUUAGGUGGUGAUUUUUCACAGUUACUGCCUGUUGUCAGAAAAGGAAAAGCAACUGAAAUUGUGGACAUAUGUUUAAAAAGUUCUCCAUUAUGGCACUUGGUUACAGAGUUUAGAUUAACUCGCAACAUGAGAACAAGGCCAGGAGAACAACAAUUUGCUGCAUGGCUUCUGCAACUUGGGAAAAGUGUUUUACCUGGAUUUUCACCCAGAAAAUAUGGCAUCAUCUGUGGUGUUGGCGCUGUUGCCUGUGAAGAAAAAUUUUAUUUUGGCGCAGAUGAUGUUGUGUGUGAUGAUGAGGAGGAACGGAAUCAAUAUCCAGUAGAAUUUUUAAAUAGUAUCACACCUUCAGGUAUGCCUCCUCAUUGCCUUAAAUUAAAAACUGGUGCCAUUGUUAUGUUAUUAAGAAACAUAGACAUAAAUAAUGGUUUAUGUAAUGGCACUCGCCUAAUUAUAAGACGUCUUCAUGACAACUGUGUCGAUGUUGAAGUACUCACUGGUAAUGCCAUUGGAGAUAAGGUACUUAUUCCAAGGGUGCAACUUGAACCUUCGGAUACAGGUAUGCCUUUUGUCUUACGUCGCAGACAGCUUUCACUAAGGCUGUCUUAUGCUAUGACAAUAAACAAGGCACAAGGUCAAACCUUUGAAAAGGUUGGAAUAUUGUUGCGCAGGCCAUGUUUUUCUCAUGGUCAGCUGUAUGUUGCUUUUUCUAGAGCAAGAGCGUUUGGUGAUGUUCGAGUAAAUGUUGUUCCCUCAUCCAGCAGAAAUUCAAUACUUUGCACUUUAUAUCUAUCUGCCAUGUUGUACAAAGUGCAAAAGGUUGACGUGUUAGAGUAA